GUUGCCUGACCUUGUGGACAAAUCACAGCGAGGCCAGGUAAUGGUUAAUCGAGCUGCUGUCAGUGCAACCCCGCAGUCGUGUGUCUGUGAAUGUUACCCCACCAAAAGAGCUCCCGAGUUCUAGAAUUCCAGAACCCAAAAGUCGGCCGCGCAUUCGCACUCCUCAAACCACGUCCAACUUGCACACAAAUUCGCCGCCCACAAUGCCGCCCGAGGAUUCCAAGCCAGUCGAGCCCGUCGUCGACGACAAGGGCAAGCAGGUCGCCGCCGCCGAAUCCGAGUCCGACGACGAUGAAGAGCCCACCGCGGGCGACGCCGCUCCCGCCGCCGGCUCCGCCGCCAAGAAGAAGAAGAAGCGGUCGAAGCGCAGCAAGGUCAAGGAGGCCUUGACCGGCAAGUCGUCCGAGGACGGCGGCGCCGAGGCGGACCUGAAGAAGGCGCUGUCGUCCCUGACGCCGCAGCAGAUCCAGGAGUUCAUCGCGCUCAACCCGGCGCUGGCCAGGGAGGUGGCAGAGAGUUCGGGCAGCGCCAACCCGUCGGCUGACGAGGCCGCCACGCAGUUGCGCAAGAUGAACCUGCAGGACAUCAUGACCGGACUGGCGGCCAGCGGCAAGAAUGCAAAGGACAUGGGCUCCUACAAGUUCUGGCAGACGCAGCCCGUGCCGCGCUUCGGCGAGGAGGGCCAGCUCGAGGAGGGCCCUCUGCGCCUUCAAAAGGUCGAGGAUGUGCCUACGGAGCCUGGCCCGCUGGUCGCCGGCUUCGAGUGGGUGACGAUGGAUCUGACUAACGACGAUGAGAUCAAGGAGGUGUAUGAGCUGCUCAACGGCCACUACGUCGAGGACGAUGAGGCCAUGUUCCGAUUCAACUACUCCCCCUCUAUCCUUCGAUGGGCCAUGAUGCCUCCCGGCUGGAAGAAGGACUACCACGUCGGCGUCCGCGCCACCCAGUCCCGCAAGCUCGUCGCCUUCAUCUCCGCCAUUCCCGUCAACCUUCGCGUCCGCAACAAGCAUGUCAUGUGCUCCGAGGUCAACUUCCUGUCCAUCCACAAGAAGCUCCGCGGAAAGCGCCUCACCCCCGUCCUCAUCAAGGAAAUCACCCGCCGCAGCAACCUCAACGAGAUCUGGCAAGGCCUGUACACCGCCGGCGUCGUCCUCCCCAAGCCCGUCAGCACCUGUCGUUACUACCACCGCGCACUCAACUGGCAGAAGCUGUACGAGGUUGGCUUCAGCCCGCUUCCCGCCAACAGCAAGCCGCAGUACCAGGUUCGCAAGUAUGCGUUGCCCGAUAACACCAACACGAAGGGCCUGCGUGCUAUGGAGGAUAAAGAUCUUGAUGCGGUCAUGAGUUUGUACAAGAAGUACAUGGCGAGAUAUGAUAUGGUGCCCGAUUUCACUCGCGAGGAGGCCUACCACUGGUUUGUGCCCAAGAUCGAGCCCAGUGGCGAGCAGGUUGUCUGGACCUACGUUGUCGAGGACGCUGACAAGAACAUCACCGACUUCUUCUCCUUCUUCAGCAUCGAGUCCUCGGCCAUCGGAAACGCCAAACACAGCGUUAUCCGCGUCGCCUACAUGUUCUACUACGCCAGCGAGGUCGGCCUCAGCACACCAUUCGACAAGUCCACCCUCAAGACACGCCUCAACGAGCUCAUCCACGACGCCCUCAUCCUCGCCAAGCGCUUCAAGUUUGAUGUCUUCAACGCCCUGUCUCUCAUGGACAACGCUCUCUUCCUCGAGCAGCAGAAGUUUGGCGCCGGCGACGGCCAGCUGCACUACUACUUGUUCAACUACCGCCUGAACCCCAUCGCCGGCGGUGUUGACAGGAAGAACCAGCUCGACGAGAAGACCCUCAGCGGUAUUGGCACGGUUAUGCCCUAAGUGCAAGCGUGAGUGGUGCAGAAAACAGACGGGACGCAGGGGCGAAGGUGGCAACAUCUAGGUUUUGGAGAGAUGGGACGUAGAGAUUGCAGAAACCCAAGGGAACCAAUGCAAAAUGAAAAUCAAU